GAUCUAAAUUAUGUAUUUUUAACAUUCAAAAUAAGCUCGACAUAUAUUUUUUAAUCAAGCCAUAACAAAACUUUGGUAUAUGGCUGUAUUUACAAAUGAAUAAGGUUACAUAGUAACCGAGGUUAAUAUCAGAGGAACCCUUUGCGGCCUGGGACCCAAGACGUAAGGACGGUAAGUAUUUGUGUAAAUGAGCUGACGCAUUCGUAAGCAGAAAUUCCCGAAAAAAUUUUAUCGAAAUGUUUUUCGAUGCGAUAAGAUGCAAGUAUGUGGUGGUCAGUGGUCAGGUCCUGAGUGCGUGUUGUUGUAUUCGGGACCUGGACUCCAAGUAAACCAAAACGUGCACCCGGUUGCUCAUACUUGUACCUAAGCAUCCAUGUCGAAGGUAUGGUAACGAUAGAUAUUAAAGAUUAUAUUUGGGUCGUCCUGCAACUCUGCUGGUGGGUGGAGGCUACAAUUUCUAAAAUUUCUCACUUACUGUGUCAGUAUGUUUGUAUGGUAUGUUGGUAUCAAAAAUCUGGUUAGUAUUGUUAGCUUCGUAUUUUAUCGUAUUGGAUUCGGAAUAUUCCGAGAGAUGAUAAGAUGGUUGUCAAGGUCAACGUAAACAAAAAAUUAAAAGAUUAACAUUUUGAUAGCAGGUGCUUGACAUAACCUCAAAGGCUCAAACUCAAAAAAGUUAUCGUUUAUAUUUUCGAAAAAAAUGUGGCGGGCCUUUGAAAAAGACGUGGAAACAUUUCCGGUCUUAAAAAGCAGAUAUGAGGGAAACAAGGUUGUCCCAACAUCUCUCCCUGCUAUUUCCAAUGUUACUUACAGAGAUAGCACAAGAUCGCAAGAUCUGGAGAGUCGAAUAAAACUUAGUGAGCAAUCAAAUAAACUUCUACUUGAAGAGCUCAUGAGAUUACAGCAAGAGUUGAAACUUGCUCUAAGACAGAACGAAGACAUUGUAAUGAAGGAAAGGCAGGAGAUGUUGGCAAUACGAGAUAAGGUUGAAGCUGCUGAAAACAUGUACAAUCAUGUAUCAAUGCAACUCUCAAGAACUGAAGAAAAAGUCAACGUAGAGCAUUCAACACUUGCAACAUUACUGAGCCAAUCAAAAGAGUUAGAAAGAGCUCUAACUGGAGGACAACAGAGAAUUAUGAUGAAAGGCGAACAGGUUGAUCGCUUCAUCAAUAGAUUUCGUGAUGAGAUGUCCGAGCUACGACAAAUGAAUGAACAGAUGCAAAGUUCGUUAAGGAUCGUAUAUGAAGAUAUGAAAAAUAUUCAACAUCGAUGUGAAAUGCAGAAAUCUGAAUUUGAUAGCAUGGCUCAGGAAAUAAAGCAGAAAGUUAAGAGAAUGGAAACAGAUAGUAUUGUAGCUAUGGAAGCAUUUCAACGUAGUAAAUCAACGCGAGACAAUUUUGACGGCAGCUCUUAUUUGAAACAAAAUAUGGAAUCAAGGUUAUUAGAGAUCCACGAUGCUGUAAAUGACAUAAAGAGAAAGACGGAUGUCGAGACUUCCGAACGAAAAGCUGGUGAACAGAAAGCCGAGUUAAAUGUUGAAAAGAUGCAUAUAACGUUACAUGAACUUGAAAAGAAAUUUCGUGAUGUAUCUCACACGGCAAAUUUAAACAUUAAAGAAAAGGAAAAUGCUUAUGAAGUCGAGAGAAAUAAACUUACUUAUAAAAUUGCCGAACUGACAGAGGAAAUCAAUAAAAAGGCAUUGGAUAGAGAGAGACAGCUCAGAGAAGAAGCGCAAAUAAAAUUUACCCUCAUGGAAAAAAGGUUUCGCGAAGAACACUCCUCAAGACAGGCCUUUGAAAGAUCUGUGCGCGAUGAGAUGGAGAAAAUAUUCGAGACUGUUAAAGUACAUCUCUCAGAAGAGCUUCAGAACAUACGACAUCGUACGGCGAAAUCACGUCAUUACGACUAUAAGCGUAUAUCUCCGGACAGGUCUCCGUCUAGAGGGGAAUACGCCGGGGAUCAAACCCGUGGGGAUAGUUCUCCCGGUGCUUCUACCAAAGCAUCGCAAAUUUCGAAAACAAAUCAUCCCGAGGAGAUGGCGAAAACACACGAUAAUCAACAGUUUGUUAAAAUGAACGACUGUCUAUCGCUUUUGGAAAAGGAGAUCGAGGCUGCAAAGAAAGCGUUUGAAGACGUCCUUCAUGCUGAGAUCAUAGCAAGACAACAGCAGAACGAAAAAACACUUGAAAAAUGUGAUAAACUACAGGAGAAAAUAAAUGUCGCUAUAACAACUUUACAACAAGCUAUAUCUGGCGUUACAACACAUACUGAUGAAGCUGUUCAACAGACUAAAGAUGAAAUUUUAACUUUAUUGGAUCAUUCUAACUCCAAUCGUCAUCAAACGAUGACUGACAUCAACGAACGUUUGACAAAUUUAUAUAAUCACGUUACUGAAUUGGAUGAAGCUUUGAAGAACCGUUCACUCCCCCCGUCUACGGCACUACCAAACUCAGAAGCUCCGGUGAACAACGAAACCACGAGUUAUAACGAGGAGUACACGAAGCUAAACACGAGAAUGUAUGAAGCAUAUAAAUGGCAGGAUGAAGCUGAGGAUACUUUGAGGGAUCUUUACACCAAACUACAUCCAAUGAAUGGUGAGAUUUCGAAGUUGAAAGUCGCGAUUGAAGAUAUUGUAAAUGAGCUUGAGUUAAGAAGAUUAGCAAGCAUAAAUGACGAUGAAACCAAAACACCCAUAUCUCAUGAUGAAAAUCUAAGUAUGAAGGUUGAAAAGAUAGAGAACGAUCUUGAACUGAUAUCUAUUCAAAUGGAAAAGCUCGAAAAUACUGUGAACACGAUAAGAACAGUUCUCUCACAAAAAAUAUCAUCAGAAGCGAAAACCGUAAAGGAAGUACGGGAAAUGUUCGCAGAUGAUAUUGGUAAAGUUGUGAAAUAUUUCAUUCGUGAACAGAGACGGGUGUUUGUGAAAUAUCAUAUUAAUGAUAAAAAUGUUUAUCGUCCUGAAAUAACAAAAGAUGGCGAAAAACAAGCACAUUCCAUUCAUCUUGCCUUGCUCAGCGUUAACAGAUGGGGCAUUUAUGAGGCGUACAGAAUACAUAAAUAUAAACAAGCUUGGUUUAAGAUUGUUGAAAAUAAAAACAAUCGUCCAGUCUCCGAAAGAGAUUUUAAAGAGAAGGAAGAAAACCCAAGUGAUGAUGACAAUGAAGAUGAAAAAAGAAGCGAUGAUGACGAUGAAAAAACAAGCGAUGAUGACGAUGACAGUGAUGAUGAUGAUGAUGACGAUGACAGUGAUGAUGAUGAUGAUGAUGAUGACGAUGACAAUGAUGACGAUGACGGUGAUGAUGAUGACGAUGAUGAAGAUGACAACGAUGACGAUGAUGACGAUGGGGAAGAAAAGUCUGAUGAAAAUAAAUUAAGUAAAGAGAAUGAUAGCGAAGAGGAGAAAAGCGAACAAAAGAAAGCAAAAAAUGAAAAGAAAAAAGAAAAAAACAAUGAUACGGAAGGAUAUGAAGAAGAGAAAGAAUGAUGGACUGGCACUAAUCCAUAGUACAAACUGCAGACGUUAAAUCUUAGAAAAUAAAUGGAAAACAUAAAGGAAUUUCUGGGAACUCCCUGAUUGCAACGCAUAAUGUAAUUCUAAUAAUUUGGUUCAGCACUAAAUAUUUAUAAAUUAAACUAUUUAUAAAAAACAUUUGUAAAUAAUGACUAUGUAUCUAGAAAAUCAUUCGGUUAUAAAUACAAUAAAAAUUUCGAAUUUUUGAGUUAA